AUGCAGAUAAGAAAUCAGAAGCAGGGCUUCACUUCCGCACUGAGCUGCCCUGACACACGCAGAACCAGAGGACACAUCUGGGAGGGGGCUGCAGAUGGUGCUUCUUCCCACAGCCUGCAAGAGAGACAACGGCACAGAGGGAAUAAAAUGGCUUCCAAACAAAGGCCUAUGGUGACUGAAGGUGACGUUAUAGCCUUCAGCAAACACAUGGAUAAUUAUAGCCCUUGGGAGCUGAUGAAGCUGAGCGAGCACUUCCGUCCCGACAUGGUCUAUGUCAUAGAGAACGACAUUCCCAUUGUGCUGCAGGAACUCACCAGCAGACGCGUCAUCACUGCUCAGCAGGCCCAGGAUUACAGUGACUGGGAGAAGAACCACGACUCAACCGGCACCGCAGAGAAGCUAGUGCGUGAUAUUUUCGCUGUGAGCUAUGCUGCGAGGCUGGGGCUCUGGACAUGUCUGUUUGCUCUGCAGAGCAGAUGGGCUCACCCCAAUCUCAAUGGGAUGCUGGAUGAAAUAAUUCAGAAUGGUCACAAUCUGUUACAGGAAAUUCUCCUGAAUGAAUCGGGACAUGCCCUCGACCCAGAACUGAAAGCUUGUCAGGUAGAGCACAAAGCCAAACUCCGUGAUCUCACAGGGAGGAUGAAGGAAAACAAGACUCCAGGGCAAUCUGAAGGGCAGAUUUUCCCCAUCUCUAGCCGCUAUGUGGAGCUGAAGGUGGUCUCAGACCGUCACUUCAAGAAGCAGACACACCAGGAACACGAGGCCCUAGCAGCAGCUGGGGAGCUGAAUGAAUAUCGCCUCCAGAGGAGAAUGAAGAGUGAGCUGGAGCGCAUUGCCCUUGACCGGCUCUUCCGCUGGUGCUUUCAAUCCCGCCGUGUCCCCCUGUCUGUGAUGGUGAGCGGAGUAGCCGGCGUGGGCAAGACAACCCUGGUGCAGAAAUUCAUCUUUGACUGGGCAACGGGGAAGCACUACCAGAAAUUUGCCUUUGUUUUCUUCUUCAAGUUCCGGGAAGUGAAUGAGGAAAAGAUGAGUCUAGAAUCUCUGAUCUGUCAAACAUAUCCACCCCUCCGGGACAAGCUCCCAAGAGUCCUGGAAGACCCUGAGAAGCUGCUUUUCAUCUUUGAUGGCUUGGAUGAGAGCAAGACUGAUUUGAAAUUAAGCAGAGGUGGAUCCCAUGAGCUGUGUAUGAAUCCAGGGAAUGUGAAGCCAGUUACUGUGAUUGUCGCCAGCCUGCUGAAACAGACUCUGCUGAAGGGAUGUUCUGUGCUGCUGACCAGCCGCCCCAGCAAGUUGAUCAGUUUGGAGGCUGGAGUCUUCCAUAGGGUGGCCAGUAUCGUGGGCUUCCUCUCCAAGGAAAGGGAAAGAUACUUUUCCAUGUUCUUUGGAGAUGAGCGAGUCUCCAGAGAGGCCUUUGCGUAUGUGAGGGACAGUCAGGUUCUGUACACGCUGUGCUACAACCCAUCUUACUGCUGGAUCACAUGCACAGCCCUGAAACCCUGCUUCAUUGCCAGGGCAGGGAGACCACGGCCUGCACCCAAAACAGUGACCCAGCUCUUUGUGAGCUACGUCACCCAUAUUAUGGCCAAUCACACCCAGGAGCGGCCUGAGCCUCAGAGGAUGCGAGAUACAUUGAUAAGUGUUGGAUGGUUGGCUGAAUACGGCAUCACAGAUCGCACACUUGUCUUUCAGCCGCAUCACUUACAGGUUGCCAAUGUGGAGUUUUCUCCAUUCCUCACUGGCUUCUUGGUGGAGAACCCUCAAGCUGAGGGCUCUUCCCAGGUGACCUACGCCUUCCUUCACCUCACCAUCCAGGAGUUCUUUGCUGCCCUCGUGCAUUACCUAGAUUACAAGGAGGACAAGUUCAGAGACACAAUGGCUAAAGUCAGGUCCUGUAAGGAAGGUGACUAUGAGAUCUUCUCUCGCUUCCUGGCUGGGCUCUCCCAUCCUGCAACCAGGAUGCCCCUGGAGAAAUAUGUGGGGCAACUCAAGUUCUCUGCAGAGGCAACUCACAAAGUUAUUGGGUGGCUCAGCGAGAUGAACUAUGAGGAGCUGCAGAGCAGAGAAGAUCCUGAGGGGAAGAGGAGGCUGAUGAAUGUAUUGAAUUUGCUGUUUGAAUCCCGGAACAGCCAACUUGUGCGUGACGUGGUGGGUAAAGAUGCCCACGUGGACUUCUCAGAGUUAUACCUCAUGCCAGUGGAUUGCACAGUCCUUGCUUAUGUGUUGAGUUGCUGUGAAGAAAUACAGCGCCUAACCCUAGAUUCCGGCUUCAUCCAGAACGAGGGCCUGGAGCGACUCAGACCUGAGCUGCACAAAGUCAGAGAACUGAGCCUCUCAGACAAUGAUUUGAAGGAUGAGGCAAUGAAGAAUAUUUGCUCUGUACUAAAGCAUCCAAACUGUAGGCUAGAAGACCUGAGACUAGAGAAGAACAUGUUCACAGAAGCAUGCUGUACAGACCUGGCCUCCGCCCUCAAGGAGAACCACACCCUCUUCAAUCUUGAUCUGACCAGAAACAAAGUGCGGAACAAUGGCCUUUAUGCCCUGUUAGAGGUGCUUAAGGCCCCACAAUGCAAGAUUCAGAAAUUAGUCCUCCAGGAAAAUGGUUUAUCAGAUGACUCCUGUGAGAGGCUCUGCUCUGCUCUCUCCAGAAACUCCACCCUCCGGCAUCUGAACCUGAGUGCGAAUGUUUACACUGAUCGGUGCGCAGAAGACAUGCGUCGCCUUAUCCGGACCAGCUGCAGCCUCACCAACAUCAGAUUGAGUUUGAACGACUUCUCUCCAAAAGUGGAAGAGCAGCUGAGGAGCCUGCAGAGAGCAGGCCUGAAGAUUCAUAUUUAA